AGCAUAUAUCUUUCACGAAUAGCAUAUUCUUUUCUACUACUGCACAGUGCAAUGUGCGACUAACACAUGGACUGCUCCCCGUAAGAGCUGUAGAGUUCAUCCGUUCAUUUGAAUCUGUAUUUUUCUUCCCCCUCUUCGAAUCUGACACUACUUAUAUCACAUACUACACCUUGGCAUAACAUUAAUCAUUUCAUAUAACCGUUUUCUAAGUUCUUAUCAUGCUUGUAAAGUGGCUGGGAACAUUGGGUGCACUUUACGUGCGGGAGGAUUUCGGCACAUUGCGUCAUCAGAUAUUAUCCAAGCGCCCGUAUAAAUGUCGACUUUGCUUCCUCGACUUGAGUAUCGGUGUCUAGACAUCUCAAGGAUUUCCAUGAAACUCAACAGUCCCCUUCCUCAGCCUCUUCCGAAAGAAUGCGCCAAAGCCGCCAAGAUAUUCAAAUCUUUUGUUGACAGCGGAAACAAUGGCCUUGACGGUGUGAUCCCUCGUCAUGUACUGGAAAAUGCGAAGGGGUUUGCGAUCUUUAGUGUGUUCAAAGCUGGGUUCCUCUUUAGUGCGAGAGCUGGGUCUGGCAUCGUAAUUGCGAAAUUGCCCGAUGGAACAUGGUCGGCUCCGAGUGCAAUCGGGACUGCUGGAUUGGGUGUGGGUGGUCAACUGGGUGCAGAGAUGACGGACUUCCUGGUUGUCCUCAAUUCGAGAUCUUCCAUAAGAUCUUUCAUGGCCGCAGGAUCUCUCACUCUUGGUGGGAACGCUAGUAUCGCUGUUGGCCCUCUCGGACGAAAUGGUGAAGCCUCUGGAUCACUCAACAGUAGCGGCAAGGUCGCCGCUAUGUACAGCUAUUCCAAGACCAGAGGGUUGUUUGGCGGUAUUUCUGUUGAAGGAUCAGUCAUCGUGGAACGUCAAGAUGCGAAUAUACAAGCAUACGAAAACGAUUCGGUUACUGCGAAACUACUUCUUAGCGGAAUGCCGGGAAACCGACCUUGGAUUGAUGAUAGCAGGGAAGACGUCGGGUAUGCGUUCGGGGGAUUAGCCAGCCCAGGCGCAGAAACGGCUGCUACUUUGCGAAAAACAAGAAAAGGAGGAGACAAAUCUCCAUACCCUCCGGCAUCCUGGGGAGAACCUAAAAGCUCAGGCUCAUACUUCGACUCUAGGAUUAAUACUGGCAGCAAUGACUAUACCAACGGAACAAACACGUUUAGCCCAAAGUCUACUUCGCAAUCGUCGAAGUCGUUGUCAAUAAGUGUACCUCAUAGGGAGUUAGACGAUGACUCUGUCACUUCAAGUUUUGAUACCCGAUUUGAGUCAGAUUAUUCACCUGAAGAGGAUUUACGCAGACCGAGUCGAAUGAGUUUGUAUACCCCCAAGGAGCAAGCUGAUCCAUUUGCUUCCCUUGGAGAUUUGUCCGGACAUGGUCGAUCUAUGAGCAUGGCUUCGCCUUCGCCCUUUUCGUCCAACAACCGCCGCUAUUCGUCGAAUCUUUUCUCGAGCUCGCUUCCUUCUUCCAAACUCAGCUCGACGAUGGCAUCUAUGCCUAUAUCAUCUCCAAUUACCAAUGCUCAACAAUAUAUCGCUCCUAAACCAGAGCUUGCUAAGCCUUUAUUGCGUCACGAAGGUGUUGCUCGUGCAAUUGCACUGUAUAAUUUCGAUGGAGUGGAGGUAUUGAUACAGUCGGGCGAUUUAUCAUUGAAGAAGGGUGAUGUUAUUAUUAUCACAAAGAAAAGUGAAAGUUCCGACGAUUGGUGGACAGGUAAAAUCGACAAUCGAAAAGGAAUAUUUCCUGCCAACUUUGUUGAGCUUGUGGGUUAGUGAAAUAGAUGCAAUUGAAUGCUCACUGUAAGACUAUCGGCUACUAAUGAUCCAACGGUUCUUGCUUUCGCUGUCCUUUCUGUAGUGUACACCUCCGCUCAAUCACUGUAAAAUCAUCCACUACAUUUACAUAUCUGUAUACAUCUCUAUUUCGACUACUUUCUGUAUAUUGUAUCACUGCAGCAAAUUCAAUUCAUACUGGUUUGGGGAUCGGGCGCUUAACCGUGUGCACUAGUACUCAGGCGCCUA